AUGAGGAUGAUCAAGAAGGGCAAGUGGUCAAAGGAGGAGGAUGACUUGAUCAUCAACCACAUUCAGAGGCACGGCAGCAUCGUGUGGCUCUGUGCAGGGCUGAGGCGGUGCGGGCGGAGCUGCCGUUCCCGGUGGCUGAACUACCUCCGCCCGGGGCUGAAGCACGGCAAUUUCACGCUGGCCGAGGAGAGGAUCAUCUGCGAGAUGUACAGCAAGAGGGGAAGCUGCUGGUCUGUCAUUGCCGCUCAGCUCCCCGGGAGGACCGACCUCGCCAUCAAGAACUACUGGAACAGCACGCUCAAGAAGAAGUACCUGCUCCCAGCGGCGAGGACCGCCGCAACCUGGGGCCGAGGCAGCCGCCGGACCUGCCCGUCAGGCAGCACGUCGUCCGACGCCGCCGGGGUUCCAGCGCGGGGCCUGCAGCUAGUUGUCUACAGCAACGAGGAGAGCUCCACGGCCGGGUCCUCCAGCCCCAGCCCCAGCCCCGUCAAGCCCGUCCUGGCCGGCCCGACGCCGGCUCCGGUCGCCGCCGCCGGCCAAGAACCGAUCGCGGCGGUCCCAAAUAGUGGACCGGUGGUGCGGAUCGAGCAGAAGCCGGCCUUGGCGAGCCGACUGCCUCUGGAGAAGCCGCUGCCCCGAGAGGCCGGUGAUCAGAUUGGAGAGAGGCUCAUGGACCUCGUCUGCGCUCCCGCGUCUCCGAUCCCUCUGAACUUCAUGGAACCGGAGCUGCUGGCUUGCAUCGACGGGUUCGAUGACACGGAUAGCUUCUUGCCGUGGUUUGAUCAUCACUGAUCUGAUGAUAGCAUAUGACUGGUUCAGAGAUUAGAGUUAGAGAUAGCACUGAUGGUUCAGGAUUACCUUUAUAAUUCUCGAUUUGUCAUGUGCUGUGUGUUCUGUUACUGUUGUGUGUUGUCUUUCUGCGUUCUCGUGGAAUUAACACUCUCUGUUGUUUAGGGCUAACGAAUGUUGUAGUUGUGGGUUAAUCUGGUAACAGUACGAUUUCUUUGUUUCUGAACACUGCACAUGUCUCUUCAGGCAUG